ACACCAGCUUCACAGAUUCUACAUACACCAGCUUCCCAGAGUCUACACACACCAGCUUCACAGAAUCUCCUCUCAGAAAAUGUCAGACUGCAAACAGAGAAAUCAACUGCAGGAGCAUCGGCCUGACUCACCUGCCAGUCAUCAACAACCAGGAGGCCACUAAGCUGGAUGCUGCAGAGAACAACAUCAGAGUCAUUGCCCCACAAGCUUUCUCUGGUUUACCGAUCCUGGACACACUGGACCUGAGCAAAAACCAACUAGAUGAUGAGUCAUUCAGCCAAACCCCCCUGACUAACUUGAUCUUCCUGAAGAAGCUGAACUUGGAUGACAACCAGCUUACAAGGGUCCCAGCUCUGCCUCCAUCCUUGGAGGAGCUCAAGAUGAACAAGAACAAAAUCACUACACUCACACCUCUUUGUUUCCAAGGAUUGAUACAUCUGUUGAAUCUGGAGCUUGAGGAGAACAUACUACAUGAGGGGAGCUUGUCACCACUUGCCUUCAAACCACUGCAGAGUCUUGUUGACCUCCAGCUGGAUAACAACCGCUUCCGUACCCUCCCAGCAGGCCUUCCUCCCUCUCUUCAGGAGCUGGAGAUGAAGGAAAAUCAGAUCAUGGAGGUGACAUCAGAGGCACUGAGGAGUUGUGUUCAUCUGAGACUGCUGGACCUGAGUCACAACCUGCUGCAUGAGCAACGCAUUGAAACAAACGCAUGGACCCGCCUCAAAUCACUGGAAGCCUUGGACCUGUCCCACAACCAAUUCACCACUGUCCCAAUGAAUCUGCCUCGCCCUCUCCGGAAGCUUGACCUCCAACACAACAGCAUCAGUCACGUCCCAGCCUUAGCGUUCCGGCACCUGAAGCCCGGCCUGCAGUCCCUCCGUCUAUCCCACAAUGCAUUGAGCAAUGAGGGGACAGAAAGAGCCUCUUUUGUUGGGACAUACCGAUCACUAAGUGAGCUCCUGUUGGACAAUAAUCGUCUGAAGGAGGUUCCUCGAAGCGUUCGACAGUUCAAGAGCUUGCAGGCGCUCAGAUUAGACAACAACCAGAUCAGGUUUGUGAGGCAGUGGGGGGUGUGCCAUCCCCGUAACUCUGGCUCUGCUCUGGCUUCGGUCCACUUGGAAAACAAUCUGUUGGAGGUGGACAGGAUUCCCCCGAAUGCUUUCUCCUGUCUCGUCGAUGCUCAGGGACUCAUCCUCUAUCCACAGCAGCAGCAUUCAUAGAGCAGCUGGACCACAUUGUGGGACAGACAUACUGUACAUGAACAGAUACAUACCCACAGAACACACAUGUGUAUUAUCAUCACAUACAGCCACUUAUUUCUGUCUGGGGUUUUUCAGUAUCAUGUAGUUUGCUUAGUCAGUCAUUUCAACAACUCUAAAG